AUGGCGGCGCCCACGGCCACGAGUUUCCAUCGCAGAAGCCGGAGUCAGACUGGUGGCGGCGGCGGCGGCGGUGGGGGGGCAACGGCAACGGCAACGGCGGCGUCUUUGCCCGGAACGCGCGCCUCAGUCCACAACGGGCAACUGCUCGUCUCAACCGGAGUGCCGUCCCUCGACUAUAUGUUAGGAGGGGGACUAGCGGUUGGAACUCUUCUGCUCAUUGAGGAGGAUAAGUACGAGAGCUACUCGUGGAUGUUGCUGAAGUAUUUUUUAGCAGAAGGCGUUGUUUGCGGCCACUCUCUCUACAUAGCGUCUGCCAGAGAUCACCCAGAGGAUAUAAUACAGGAGCUUCCUGCCCCUCUGCUCGAUGAUGUUGCUCAGAGCACGUUAGAGGAAGAAUCGGGGAAUGUAAAUAGUUUUGCCACUGCCUCCCAGAAUUCUAUGAAAAUAGCAUGGCGAUAUCAGAACCUACCUAAAGUACAGACGGCCUUGGUGUGCUCCUCAAGAUUCGGCCAUUACUACGACGUGUCCAAAACAAUGAGUGUGGAGCAGCAGCACUCUGUCAAAUGUCACAGCUUCUUCCUGCCUGAUGAAGUUCCUCUAGAAUUCGACGUGACUAAGACUGGUGAUAUGAACUUCGGGUACAUCAAGCUGCUGAGAUCCAUCCAGAGUGUUGUCCGCAAGGAAGGAUUUGAUGGAGCUUGUCCCCAGACUAAACCGAGGAACAUCCUGCGGAUAGGAAUCCAUUCCCUUGGCUCGCUGCUGUGGGGCGAGGAGGUUGGGCUCAGUGAAAACCCUGAGCACUCGUGCAGCCUGACUAAAUUUCUCUACGCACUGCGUGGCCUUCUCAGAACAUCUCUCUCCACCUGCAUUAUCACUGUGCCUGGACAUCUCACCCAGAACAAGGUAAUUAUGGGCCGUGUAAGGAAGCUAUCCGAUACAGUGGUGGGUCUUGAAUCAUUUAACAGUUCGGAGAGGGAAACCAAUCCACUCUACAAGGACUAUCACGGUUUGCUCCACAUACGGCAACUUCCUCGUCUUAAUAGUUUAAUCUGCGAUGCGCCCGAUACAAAGGAUCUCGCUUUCAAAUUGAAACGAAAACUGUUCACUAUCGAGAGAUUGCAUUUGCCUCCAGAUUUGUCAGAUACAGUGAGCCGAUCAAGCAAACAGGAUCUGGCAGAAUCAGCCAAACUGCUGAGCUCAGGAUGUGGUGGUGGAGCCAGAGGCAAGACGCACCUGGAUUUUUAGUGACUCUUAUUUAACCACUUCACUCCACAUUCUCAUCAUGUCGAAAGUAUGAUUACAAAUUGUUUUUGUAUAUAUUAGUAAUAAAGAUUGUUUCCUGUCAACCUGACUUUUGUUUGUGAGUCAUCCAACAAAUCAGAACCAAAUCAGGUUAUUCUGCAGUAUUUUGCAUUUUUGUUUUGGGUUAUUCUUUGAUUGAUCACUAGGCUUGAAUCCAUUGAGAAUGAGCUGAUUACAACAUGUCGUGAUGUGCUAAUUUCAGGUUAAGAGACUUCUGUCUAUGAAACAAGGAAUAAAAUUCAGGCCCUUAGAAUAUAUUUAUUUAUGGCCAGAGCAUUGGCAAUAAUAACUAGAUGGCUUUUACUUUUUACUUCAUUACUGAAACCAUUACUUCUCUCUCUCUGAAAAAUUUGGAGAAAUAAGGAUGUCAUUAAAAUUUAAGGCCAAUUGUUUUAGAGAUAACCAAAAAUAUUUUCAGUAUUACUGCAGAAAAGAUUGAAUGUGCGACAUUGCAGCCCAGUGAUCUUGCCAUGUAACCACAAUACAUUUAAAGCAACUCGUUGAAUCCAAAAGAUAAUGUAAAUUUACAUGAUUGCCUUUUUUUAAGAACUGUAAUGAUAAUGCAUAUACUGUAUAUAAAAAGAAGGUAAAUAUUGUGGUGUCACUAAUGAAUAGGCAUAAGGUAGACACCCUUACUGGAGGUCUGUAUGAAACAUGAAGACAUAUGACAGAAGAUGAAAUGAAGACUGACAAUUGCACUGGUCUCAGAGCAGCAGAACUGGACACAGAUGAAAGAUGGAUGGCAAGGUAGUGUAAUAUAUACUCAAACCAACAUAGUAAUAUCACAUGGAUUAGCAAAGCGGAGUUCAGGUAAAGCUUGAAUGCCAUUCAUUGAGACACUUCAAUACACAAGAUAGAUGUAAGCAUUUGUCAGCGUCGAGACAGUAUUACAUAUAUUUUGUGACAUGUUAACCCACUGCCCUUGAUUGGCACUUUUAGCUUAAUGGAUAUUCAUGAUGCCAAGCAUUACCUUUGGUAGAAAUCAACAGGACUAAAAUCAUUAUCUCUCCCAACUGCAGGGUUGAGAAUUUUGGUUGAAAUUAAUAAUAAUCCUUGCAUUUGAUACAGCGCCUUAUCACGUCUUCUAGAUAUCUCAAAGCACUUGACAGGAUACAUGUAAAGUGAAUCGACUGUAUAUUUUAUGGGCGAAACGUUGAAAUUGAAAAUGUUAUUUCUUUCCUCGGAAUAUGGUUGCCCAUAAAGCUCUUUAUUUACAAUAGAUAUAAUAGAUGACUGACUCUGGCCUGAAAUUGUUAGUAUAUAAAAAGUUGAAGCCAAUUAAUUGUUUGCUGUAGUACCAAUUUCAAAAGUUGCAAUUACUCUUUUGUAUUGCUGGUCUUCACUAUCAUUGUACAUGGUGUGAAAUGGUCAUGGUUCAUAGGUGAGGCUAUCAUAAUCUAAUUCAUUGAGCGGCUUGGAGUAGUCGCAAACAGCCCUGAAUGUUAUGUGCUUCAACAAUCAGUCAGCCUUCAUGUAAACCUACAACAGCUUGGUUUGAUAGUUUCACCGCUGUGUCACUGAACAAAUGCAUUAAUACGACUUUGUAAGCUGCCAAUUUUUUUCAUACAAAAUAAAGUAAUUAUU